UCUGUUUUGGCAUUUAGGGCGGGACGCGGGAGAUUAAAGUAACAAUAAAAAUUAUAUCACCUUUUCUCUUUUCUUCCCCUUUUUAUAUAUUUUUCUCGUUUCCGGUCGAACAAACCUUGUUCCUCUCUUUUGCACGAUCUCUACCCCUCAAAAAGAGGUUGUUCUGUGAAGCGAAAAGGCAGAGCUUGAUUUGGAAGAAAUGGGAUAUAUUGGGGCACAUGGUGUGAAUGCUUUGCACAGAUACAAGUAUAGUGGUGUGGAUCACUCCUUGGUCUCCAAAUAUGUCUUGAAUCCCUUCUGGACGCGCUUUGUUAAUUUCUUUCCCCUAUGGAUGCCGCCAAACAUGAUAACACUUACAGGGUUCAUGUUCUUGCUCACAUCUGCGCUGCUUGGCUAUAUAUAUUCACCAAGAUUGGAUUCUGCUCCACCUAGAUGGGUCAAUUUUGCUCAUGGAUUGCUUCUUUUCCUAUACCAGACCUUUGAUGCUGUUGAUGGGAAGCAAGCCAGACGAACAAAUUCCUCAAGUCCACUGGGGGAACUUUUUGACCAUGGAUGUGAUGCCCUUGCAUGUGCGCUUGAAGCGUUGGCUUUUGGGAGCACUGCAAUGUGUGGAAGGAACACUUUCUGGUUCUGGGUGAUUUCAGCUGUUCCAUUUUACUUUGCAACUUGGGAGCAUUACUUCACCAAUACCCUAAUACUUCCUGCCUUGAAUGGGCCCACAGAGGGUCUCAUGCUGAUAUAUUUGAGUCAUUGUUUCACAGCUUUUGUUGGUUCUGAGUGGUGGGCUCAACCAUUUGGAAAUUCUUUGCCUGUUCUGAGCUGGAUCCCUUUUCUAAGUGAAAUUACGAUGGCCAACGCUGUGUUGUUUCUAAUGAUAGCUUUCGCUGUUCUCCCAACAGUAACAAUCAAUGUUAUGAAUGUUUAUAAGGUCGUCCAGGCAAGGAAAGGCAGCAUGCUAUUGGCACUGGCGAUGCUUUAUCCUUUUGCUGUUCUUUUGGGAGUAGUUUUGGCAUGGGAUUAUUUGUCACCUGCUGGCAUCAUGAGGAACUAUCCACAUUUAGUCGUAAUGGGAACUGGGCUUGCUUUUGGGUACCUUGUGGGAAGAAUGAUUCUUGCUCACUUGUGUGAUGAGCCAAAGGGCUUGAAAACUGGAAUGUGCAUGUCAUUGUUGUAUCUCCCAUUUGCCAUUGCAAAUGCACUCACAGCUAGACUGAACGACGGUGUUCCAUUGGUUGAUGACAGUUUGGUUCUCCUUGGUUACUGUGCAUUUACAGUGACACUCUAUCUUCACUUUGCAACAUCAGUCAUUCAUGAAAUUACGACAGCCUUGGGAAUCUAUUGCUUCAGGAUAACUAGGAAAGAAGCUUGAGUUCUGGUUGUGUUGACUUUUGGUUCUGCCAGCAAGUCAAGAAUGAUGCAGGUCAAGUGAAGUUUUCCGUUGAUAUAGUUUUUUGUAUACGAAGUGUAGUAAAGAAUGCAUUGAUCAAGAUCCAAUUUAUUUUCAUUGCACUGUUGUACUAGAUUAUUUUGUUGACUUUAAGAAUAGAGUAGAGAGCAUUCAAGUAUCUUUCUUGUUCACUUGCUGCAUCAUUUGGAAUUUAUAAAAAUAGAUGUUUUUUUGAAAA